UCCGUCUCCGACCGCCUCCAAGCUCGGUUCUGACUUCUGCUUCGAACAACUCAGUUAGCUGAUUAUAAGGAGGCUUUGUUCUGCAGAUUUUAUUCGGAACUGAAAUCGUUAAAGAGUAUUGGGGGAUCAUUAGGGUUUCUGCUUCGAAGAUGGGGAGGGCAAAGAAAGCUCAGAAAUUUGCCGUCAUGAAGAAGUUAGUCAGCCGCAAAGCUGUGAAGAAUUACAAAGAGGAGAUUUUGAAUCCGAACAAGAAGGAUCUCACCAAGGACAACCUUCCGAGAAACGUUCCUAGCGUUUCUUCGUCGCUUUUCUUCACGUACAAUGCUGCUCUCGUGCCUCCGUAUCGGGUGUUGGUGGAUACGAACUUCAUCAAUUUCUCCAUUCAGAACAAGUUGGAUCUUGAGAAGGGAAUGAUGGACUGUCUGUAUGCAAAAUGCACUCCUUGUAUCACGGACUGCGUUAUGGCUGAGCUAGAAAAGUUGGGGCAGAAAUACCGUGUGGCUUUAAGGAUCGCUAAGGAUCCCCGUUUUGAAAGACUACCAUGUGUACACAAGGGUACAUAUGCUGAUGACUGCAUCGUCGAAAGGGUUACUAAGCACAAAUGCUUCAUAGUGGCGACCUGUGAUAGAGAUCUAAAGAGGAGGAUCCGCAAGAUUCCUGGUGUGCCGAUCAUGUACAUCACACAACACAAGUACUCGAUCGAGAGGCUGCCUGAAGCUACAAUCGGAGGAGCUCCAAGAUUCUGAUGAGGGGAGCAGAGAUGGUGGUUCCAGAAAUGUUGGAGGCACCCUUGGCAGGGGACAGGACAAGAUCUCUGUAACGACCUUACUCCUGAGAGACCAACAUAGAUUACAACAACCUGGCCUGGCCUGAGUGUUGGUAGAAUACAUUGUAAUGUCAUUGAUCACAAAGGGCACCUAUUAUUUGUUUAUGCACGUGUUAAUGUCAACUCAAGAACAGUGAGAGCAAACUGGUGAUUUUAUUUUUUCCUUAAAACUGAGGAAUUAAACAAAAUGGGCACUUUUCUU